CUAAAAAUGAAAUCAGAUGGGAUCGAGAGAGAGUAAAAUCCUUUCUCCUUGGAAGAACCUUGAGGAAGCUUAGAACGCGAGGACCGAGAUCUUCCCUGUUCCGAACCGUCCGCCGUAGAAGAAUCAUCGAAAAUGCGAUCCCAAGCUUCCGUUCUCUUACUGUUACUCCAGCUUUUCUUCUCUCUGUUGUCUCCGUCUCAUGCGAUUUCCACUGGGUCCGGCGAUGGAUACACCAUCUAUGGUCGCGUGAAGAUUGCGGGCAACGCUCUUAAAGGGUAUGGGCUUCCUGGAAAAAUAUCGAACAUUAAGGUCAUACUUGAUGGUGGCCAAAGAAUUACCUACUUGAGACCGGACGGAUAUUUUUCAUUCUAUAAUGUGCCAGCAGGAACUCAUCUGAUUGAAGUGGCUGCAUUGGGCUAUUUCUUUUCUCCUGUUCGAGUUGAUGUUAGCGCUAGAAACCCAGGUAAGGUUCAGGCCGCCCUAACAGAGAACAGGCGGGCAUUGAGUGAGCUUGUUUUAGAGCCUUUAAGAGAUGAAGAGUAUUAUGAGAUUCGAGAACCGUUCUCCAUAAUGUCUGUUGUGAAAAGUCCCAUGGGUCUGAUGAUGGGAUUCAUGAUACUUGUUGUAUUCCUGAUGCCCAAGUUAAUGGAGAACAUAGAUCCUGAAGAAAUGAGGAGAGCACAAGAAGAAAUGAGGAACCAAGGCGUCCCGACCUUAUCAAGCUUGCUACCCGGGGCUGGCCGGAGCAGUUAAAAAGGUCGAUUUCGAUACCGACUACAUCCCCAGCUCAAAUGCAUCCAAGUCCUGCAGGAAGAAAUCGGGAUUUCUAACACUCGGAAGCAAAUGAGCGUAAUCAUCUAGUUGCUCCGAUAAUACCAUUCUGGCCAAAACACAACUGGGAUAAACUCGACUUGUUUGUGUUCGUUUUGAUUAUGAUACGCAUCAUCAUCAUCAUCAAUUAGACAUUAGUUUGGUCUGGAUUUCAUCAUCAUUCUUAAAACGAGUCUCUUAGUAGAGUUAUGUAAACGACCAUUAUCUGUCACCCAUUUUGGAUGAAACAUUAUUUUGAUACUUCAUUUUUAUAUUA